AUGGGUUGGUUCUGGGGAGGGAAAAGCAGUGAAAAUGAUCCCGCCCAGUCGCUGGACAACGAUUUGAAGCAAUUUCUGAAGGACCAACAACCCCGACCGUAUGUCCCAGCAGAACUUCCUAAACCUGCCGACCAGCCCGGUCCAACGCCUCCAGAGCAACCCCUGCCCGACGCCAACAAGUCGUUUGAGGAUAGGCCUCUGCCUAAAGAAUCUCUGUUUCAGGAUGGCCGGUACAAAGACCUCUGGAAGACCUACAUUCCUCAGAAUGACAUCGAGGUAGCCACCGCAACGCCGGUAGAGCGAGUGCUUGCAGCUCGAAAGGACAGGAGACAGUCAAUUCAUAAGGCCGCACUGGAGAACUGCGCCUUUGAAGAGGAAAUGCAACAAGAUUGCUUCAAGGCCGGGGCAUGGUCCAAGAAGAUCAAGGGAAGAAUGACUAUGUGUCAUGAGGAGACCAAAACAUUCAAUCGAUGCUAUGCCCUCCAGGCGAAAUUUCUACAAUCACUAGGAUACAUGACUAGUUCGACAAAUUCGAAUGAGGACGAAGAGAAAAUCCAGAUGCAUGCGGAUAAACUAUAUCACCGAAUGAUGGACUACGAAGCCGAGGUGGACGAGGCAAGACGGAACAACCGACCCAUUCCACCUCUUUCGUCUCUGUUUAACCCCAACCGACCAGCCCCUACUGUGGAGCAGAUGGCGUUGCCGAAAGCAAUGGAAGACAAAAUGAAAAAGCCUCUUCACGAAUAUCCUCCCCACGAGCGGGAGCUGGUUGCCAGGGCUGCUCUCCAGGAGGCCAAGUUAACUGAUCUCUAUGCCGAAGACUUGUUCAAUUACACCGUCACAAUGAACGAAGACCGUAAGAAGCGACAAGCCUGGUUGACUAAGACUUUUGGAGAAGCAAUUGGAAAGUUCUUGAUACCAGAUCCUCCUAAGGAACCAGCUGUCCAACCUUACAGCAUCGAACAGCUAGAGCGUGAUAUAUGGCAGGACGAGCCGUCACCUCAGAAACAUAAUCGCCCUUCAAACCCGCCCGAUCCGUGA